GAAAAUAUUUGGGGAUGCGGUGGAUGCCCUUAGCAUUUUCUGUAAAAAACGUGAGUGUCUCAGGCGGCAAGACCAAGUCGACGACGGCGGCGGCGGCGGCAGCAUUAUUAAAGUACCAUGAUCGAAGGAAUCCACCCGGUGUUCCAAGCCAUUCUCGGCACAUUUGUCACAUGGGGUCUCACGGCGGUGGGAUCGGCCAUGGUGUUUGUGCUGGACGUCGAGAACCGCGCGCUGUCCCAACAGAUCUUGGACACCAUGCUGGGAUUUGCGGCGGGGGUGAUGCUUGCGGCAUCAUACUGGUCGCUCUUAGCCCCUGCGAUCGAAAUCGCCGAACAGUCGCCGCUGUACGGUCCGGAAGGUCGUUGGGCGUUCGUUCCCGCCGCUAUCGGGUUCGGACUCGGUGCAUUCUCCAUGUUGUUCACGGAACAGUUGCUUCCAUUCCUCGGCCUCGGUUCGAAGCCGGAGAACUGGGAAAAGAAGGACGACGACUAUAACGGGAACGACGUUCACAAGAAGGCGGGCGAGGCCAGUACAAGGAGCACCAGUACUGUCCGGCGGCGCAAACCCAGCGACCACAGCAUUCAACCCCACGACGUCGAAUCAUCCGCCGCCAUUCACGACGACGCCAUCACGAGCUUUGUGUCGGCCAAAGACAUGAGCUAUCGCCGCGUGAUUCUCUUGGUGAUAGCCAUCACGAUGCACAACUUCCCCGAAGGGAUGGCGGUCGGCGUCGGCUUUGGCAGCAUCGGACACGCCCCCGGCGCCACGUUUUCGAAUGCAGUGAACUUGGCCAUUGGCAUCGGUCUGCAAAACUUUCCCGAAGGGUUGGCCGUGUCCAUGCCGCUGCGCCGCGAAGGCAUGUCGCCGUUCAAAGCGUUCAUGUGGGGCCAACUCAGUGGGGCCGUCGAACCCAUAGGCGGGGUACGUACGAUAUAUGUUAUUGUAUCUAGGCAUGAGAACGGUUAUGAUGCUUGAUGGCUUUAUGCAUGAGAAACACGACGGAAGAAGUCUGGUACUAGUAUUAUAUAUCGGGAACGAUGCUGAUAUUACGCGUGAGAACGAUUAUGUUAUUAUGGAUGAUGUAUCGAUGCACGGGAACGGUUAUGUUACUACGCGAACAAUGAGAUCGGUUAUGUUAUUUUUGUUGAAUGUUGCAACGAGGCAUGAGAACGGUUAUGUUAUCAUAAACUGACGGUUAUGUUGCCAAGGCUAUUUAUUAUUGUCAGGUAACGAACGCAUCGAAUUCGCAAACACUUUUUGCGUUGUGUCAUACCUAAUAUUUUUGACGCAACAUAUCGCUGGAAAUCCUUGGAGUAUCGGAAAUCUAAAGGCAUAGGAUAAUUCGAGCACUAUUUUAUAGAUCCUCUUUAAUUCUACAAAACAACUGAAUAUGUUGCUUGACAUAGGAUUCUAACGAGCAGUCGGAAACGAAGUUUGGGAUUUUCUAUUUCUAGGACAGUGAUUUUAUCUUGAUUUUUGUAUUGUGGAAUAAAAAUGUGCACGAUUUAUGUUUAUUUUAUUGCAGUGAUUGAUUCUGUUGGAGAAUUCCAAGCGUUACCUGUCUUCGUAUGUAUUAAUGUAUGAGAACGGUUUUGUUACGAGAACGGUUAUGUUACGAGAACGGUUAUGUUAGUUACCCUUUGAUUGUCGUAUCGAUGCAUGAGAACGGGUCCGUAACCAUGGACGUGUGUACUAGUUGAUUGGGGCCGCGGCGGUGCUGUACGUGCAGCCCAUCUUGCCGUAUGCGCUGUCGUUUGCUGCGGGGGCGAUGAUCUUUGUCGUGGUCGACGAUCUCAUUCCCGAAGCCCAUCAAAGCGGCAAUUCCAAGCUCGCGACCAUCGGCACCAUCCUGGGGUUCAUUGUCAUGAUGGCCAUGGAUGUCGCGUUGGGUUAAAAGAGAUAAUAUCAACUUGUGCAGAGGAAUAGUAGUGUACAGUAUACGAUGACGGUCGAUACUUCAUGCAGGACAUCCGGCCACGACGCCUACCGCCGACCACCGACGGCAUAGAUACUCCAUCUUGCCAUGGGUCAGGUUCUCGGCAUCAACUGAUGAAGUCAACGACAUGGUCCUGCUGAACGCUUGACAAGAUGACAACAACGACAACACAAACUCUACCUAUAUACUUAGCAUCAUUCCAUGUUAACUCUGUACGUUGGGUCCAAUCUCUG